UGCAGUCCGUACCACGUACAUCUCUCUACGUACCGUUUGUGUUUUAUCUCCCAGCACGCCCUCUAUAUAAAUCCGUAGGCUUCCAAGACACUACAAAAAUCACAAUAACGAAAUGGAGAACAAAAUACCGCCUUGAACAGUGGUGUAACUUGGGAAGAACAAAUGUGGAAAUUAUUAGUGUAUUAUAUAAAAACAAAUCAUAUUUGUGUGAAUUAUAGGAGAAAACAGUUUUAAUCUUUGAAAUUACAGAUAAUUAUGCAAAUAACUGCAUUAAUAACUGAUAACUGAAGCUGUUGUUAACUAGUGACAGAGAAUAAUAAUCAUAAAAAUUAAUGGUACAAGAAAAUAAUAAAAUCCUUUAGUAAAAUACAAUAAAAAAUAAUCCAAUUUUUAGCAAAUUAAGACAACAACAAACCUGAAUAACCAAUAAAAGAGAACAGGAAGAAUAACACAACAAGAACAAAAAUAGAGACCAUAACAUAACUAAAUAAAGACAAGAAUAACGAGUUAUUCCAAAAUAUGAUUUUUUUUUGUUUUUGGAAAAAACUGUAAUAGUCUACCAUGAAAAAUAAAUUGUGACCUGUCGUCCAGAAAAAAUGCUCAGGGGGACAGAAUUUUAAUUCCGGUAAAAGUGAUCUUAGCGUUAUUUUAUGUAAUCAGGAGAAGACAGUGAGAGGUAACGAAGUAAUUAUAACGAAUUCGUAAUUACAUUUAUAGAUACUAUUUAGUGAAAGUUGGUAAAUUGGGAUUUUCUAGGUGAAAUAAAGACAUUCUGGCGUUAAAUAUGGGACAACGGGGAGGCAACAGAGGCAACGACAGGAAGAUGAGGAUAACGGGAGUUCUGUUGCUUGUACUACUGUCAACGGUUGCAACAGAAGCUGCCGUUGCUGAAUCUAGAGAGAGAGUGGUGGUGGUGGUGGGAGAGACAGUAGCUCUGCCUUGUGCUGUGUCGUCCAGGGACAAAGUUCUACUUAUUCUCUGGUACAAAGAUAGUACUGCAGCUGUACCUAUCUUCAGUUAUGAUUCGCGGUCAGAAGUACCCCGGUCAUGGAUCAGCGAGAGGGUCCUGGGGUCAAGAGCUAGUGCCCAGUUCUUCCCAGACUCCAAGAUACACUACCUACAGUUAGAAGAUGUCCAGAAGACUGACAGUGGACUGUACAGUUGUAGGGUAGACUACAGGAGGUCCCCCACUCAGAGAGCUAAGAUCAACCUUACAGUUAUUGUUCCACCCGGUGUACCGACAGUCCUUCAAGACGAUGGGACACAGGUGGACCACACUCUUGGUCCGUACAACCAGGGAUCCCUAAUAAACAUCACCUGUCAGGUGGUGGGAGGUGAUCCUCCCCCACAGUUAACGUGGUGGCAGGGAGAGAAGUUACUUGACGGGGACACAGAGAGUGCAGGAGGGGGAGUGUACCGCAAUACUCUAACUGUUGGACCACUCACCAGGGACCAUCUCAACAACUUCUACGCUUGUCAGGCCUUUAACACCGACCUUAUUGCUCCUCUCAGCAAGGCUGUUACUCUGGAUGUUAAUUUGGAACCACUGACAGUGGAACUGUUGGGUCCUGAUGAAGCUCUGACCUCCGGUGUAGAGUACAAGGUGACCUGCCAGAGUACAGGAGCUCGUCCUACAGCAGUACUAACCUGGUGGUUGGAUGGUCAACAACUCUUCAACCAUACCUCUCAUACAGAGGAGCAAGGCAACGUGACAGUAAGUACCCUGAGGCUGGUACCUAGUGAGGAUGAUGGAGGGAAGGUACUACAGUGUCUAGCACAGUCACCUAGCAUCAAUCACCAGCCAAUACAAGAUACCAGGACCCUCCAGGUCUACUAUGUGCCGCUGGUAGACCUAACUCUGGAUGAAGGCAUCAACAUAGAGAACAUCAAGGAAGGUGACAACGUGACCUUGAUAUGUAGUGUCACCGCUAACCCACCAGUCAAGCAUGUCUACUGGUACCAUCGUGGGAGUCAGCUUGAAGGUAAUGCAUCAGCUGGGAUCACCAUGAAUAACCUGAAGCUCAAGCUGAGAGAUAUACAACGUGAUCAAGCUGGUCUAUAUUCCUGUGUUGCUUCGAACAUUGUGGGUGACGGAGAGAGUGAUCCACUGGUGCUACAUGUUAAGUAUGUACCAGUCUGCUCCAGUACCUUGGAUCAAGUACUUGGAGCGGCCAAGGAGGACCAGGUGGAGCUGGUGUGUCGGGUCGAUGCCUCGCCGGAUCGGGUCACCUUCCGCUGGUAUUUCCGGACCCCUGAGCAACUGGUGGCCCUGGACCCCAAGCUCUCCACGGCCCAGGACCGUUCUUCUGUGCUCAACUACCGGGUUGUUAAGGAUGACGACUAUGGCGAGGUGUUGUGUUUCGCCGCUAAUGACCUGGGCGAGCAGUCUGUCCCAUGUAGUUUUAGCGUCGUUCCCACCAGGGAACCUGACGCCCCAGAGAACUGCACCUUGACCAAUCAGACUACUGACACACUGGUCGUCCAGUGUCGUCCUGGCUAUGAUGGCGGACUCAAGCAGCGCUUCAUCUUGGAAGUCUUUGAAUCGGUUGAAUCAGCCGAAUCAGUGGAGUCGUAUGGGGAUUCCGAGGGUGAUUCACGAGGAGUUGUUACGAAUGUGACGGUGGGAGAAGUGCCGGUGUUCGCCGUGGACGACCUGCAGCCCGGCACAUCAUACUUCCUGGUAGUUUAUGCUCUUAACGACCAGGGCGCCAGCAGGAGACGACACCUGCAUAGUUUUACACUGCCUACAGUGCCAGACCACAGGACCAGGCUGUAUCCAACCCACAUCUUCCCUAUAACACCCAUCCUGGGUGUGUUGAUUGGUGUGGUUGGUGGGUUGGUUGUGGUUGCUGUGGUUGUUGUGGUGGUGAUGAAGCUGAGGGGGGAGUCUAGGAGAGCCAAGGUUCUUAACCAGGGUCCUGCUGGCCUCAAGCUCCCAGUACCUAGGCCUACAACACUACAGCAACACGUCAAGGAGGCUGGAGGAGCAAAUUCUGGCCCUGACCUGAUACUUUGUAGACCUGGUAAUAGAAUCUUCGUACGAGGACGUAGAGGAUAUACCACACAAGCUGAAGCAUGCGAAUAUCUACCAGAGUCUCCCUUACAACACUAACCUGCCUCCUAGCAACACUAAUUCUGAGUGUUGUGGUUGUUGUGACUGCUAGUUCCUGAUGCUCUACUUUACACUGAUCUACACUGAUCUUCCCUGCUCUUCACUGAUCUACACUGAUCUUCACUGAUCUACACUGAUCUUCACUGAUCUACACUGAUCUUCCCUGCUCUUCACUGAUCUACACUGAUCUUCACUGAUCUACACUGAUCUUCACUGAUCUACACUGAUCUUCCCUGCUCUUCACUGAUCUACACUGAUCUUCACUGCUCUUCACUGAUCUACACUGAUCUUCACUGAUCUUCACUGAUCUACACUGAUCUUCCCUGUUCUUCACUGAUCUACACUGAUCUACACUGAUCUACACUGAUCAUCACUGUUCUUCACUGAUCUACACUGAUCUUCACUGAUCUUCACUGAUCUACACUGAUCUACACUGAUCUUCCCUGUUCUUCACUGAUCUACUGAUCUACACUGAUCUUCACUGCUCUUCACUGAUCUACACUGAUCUUCACUGCUCUUCACUGAUCUACACUGAUCUUCACUGAUCUACACUGAUCUUCCCUGCUCUUCACUGAUCUACACUGCUCUUCACUGAUCUACACUGAUCUACACUGAUCUUCACUGCUCUUCACUGAUCUACACUGAUCUUCACUGCUCUUCACUGAUCUACACUGAUCUUCCCUGCUCUUCACUGAUCUACACUGAUCUACACUGAUCUUCCCUGUUCUUCACUGAUCUACACUGAUCUACACUGCUCUUCACUGAUCUACACUGAUCUACACUGCUCUUCACUGAUCUACACUGAUCUUCCCUGCUUUUCACUGAUCUACACUGAUCUACACUGAUCUUCCCUGCUCUUCACUGAUCUACACUGAUCUUCACUGAUCUACACUGAUCUACACUGAUCUACACUGCUCUUCACUGAUCUACACUGAUCUACACUGCUCUUCACUGAUCUUCCCUGCUCUUCACUGAUCUACACUGAUCUACACUGCUCUUCACUGAUCUACACUGAUCUUCCCUGCUUUUCACUGAUCUACACUGAUCUACACUGAUCUUCCCUGCUCUUCACUGAUCUACACUGAUCUUCACUGAUCUACACUGAUCUACACUGCUCUUCACUGAUCUUCCCUGCUCUUCACUGAUCUACACUGAUCUACACUGAUCUACACUGAUCUACACUGAUCUUCACUGAUCUACACUGAUCUUCCCUGCUCUUCACUGAUCUACACUGCUCUUCACUGAUCUACACUGAUCUACACUGCUCUUCACUGAUCUACACUGAUCUACACAGAUCUACACUGCUCUUCACUGAUCUACACUGAUCUACACUGCUCUUCACUGAUCUGCACUGAUCUACACUGCUCUUCACUGAUCUACACUGAUCUACACUGAUCUACACUGCUCUUCACUGAUUUACACUGAUCUACACUGAUCUACACUGCUCUUCACUGAUCUAUACUGAUCUACACUGCUCUUCACUGAUCUGCACUGAUCUACACUGCUCUUUACUGAUCUACACUGAUCCACACUGAUCUACACUGAUCUACACUGCUCUUCACUGAUCUACACUGAUCUUCACUGAUCUUCAUUGAUCUACACUGAUCUUAACUGAUCUACACUGAUCUACACUGAUAUACACUGAUCUACACUGAUCUUCACUGCUCUUCACUGAUCUACACUGAUCUACACUGAUCUACACUGCUCUUCACUGAUCUACACUGAUCUUCACUGAUCUUCACUGCUCUUCACUGAUCUACACUGCUCUUCACUGAUCUACACUGAUCUUCACUGCUCUUCACUGAUCUACACUGAUCUUCACUGCUCUUCUCUGAUCUACACUGCUCUUCACUGAUCUGCACUGAUCUACACUGCUCUUCACUGAUAUACACUGAUCUACACUGCUCUUCACUGAUCUACACUGAUCUACACUGCUCUUCACUGAUCUACACUGAUCUACACUGAUCUACACUGCUCUUCACUGACCUACACUGCUCUUCACUGAUCUACGCUGAUCUACACUGAUCUUCACUGCUCUUCACUGAUCUACACUGAUCUACACUGAUCUACACUGCUCUUCACUGAUCUACACUGAUCUACACUGAUCUUCACUGCUCUUCACUGAUCUACACUGAUCUACACUGAUCUGCACUGCUCUUCACUGAUCUACACUGAUCUACACUGCUCUUCACUGAUCUACACUGAUCUACACUGCUCUUCACUGAUAUACACUGAUCUACACUGAUCUACCCUGCUCUUCACUGAUCUACACUGCUCUUCACUGCUCUUCACUGAUCUACACUGAUCUACACUGCUCUUCACUGAUAUACACUGAUCUACACUGCUCUUCACUGAUCUACACUGUUCUUCACUGAUCUACACUGAUCUACACUGCUCUUCACUGAUCUACACUGAUCUUCACUGAUCUACACUGAUCUUCACUGAUCUACACUGAUCUACACUGCUCUUCACUGAUCUACACUGCUCUUCACUGAUCUACACUGAUCUACACUGAUCUACACUGCUCUUCACUGAUCUACA